GCAGCGGGACCGGGAGCCCCGGGGCUGGAGCGGGGCCGGAGCGGAGCGGGAGCCCCGGUGCCGGUGCCGGUGCCGCUGCCCCGCCAUGUCCAAGCUGCUGCCGGCGCAGGAGGCGGCGCGGAUCUACCACACCAACUAUGUACGGAAUGCGCGGGCCAUGGGGGUGCUCUGGGCCGUCUUCACGCUCUGCUUCUCCAUCCUGAUGGUGGUGACCUUCAUCCAGCCCUACUGGAUCGGCGACAGCAUCGACACGCCGCAGGCCGGCUACUUCGGCCUCUUCUCCUACUGCAUCGGCAACGCGCUCACCGGUGAGCUCAUCUGCAAGGGCAGCCCCCUGGACUUCGGCACCAUCCCCUCCAGUGCCUUCAAAACUGCCAUGUUCUUCGUAGGCGUCUCUACCUUCCUCAUCAUCGGCACCAUCCUCUGCUUCAGCCUCUUCUUCUUCUGCAACGCGGCCACCGUGUACAAAGUGUGCGCCUGGAUGCAGCUGGCGGCGGCUACAGGGCUGAUGAUCGGCUGCCUGAUCUACCCCGACGGCUGGGACUCCGCCGAGGUGAGGAGAAUGUGCGGGGACAAAACCGACAAAUACACGCUGGGCGCGUGCACCGUGCGCUGGGCGUACAUCCUGUGCAUCAUCGGCAUCCUGGACGCCCUCAUCCUCUCCUUCCUGGCCUUCGUGCUGGGCAACCGGCAGGACAACCUCCUCCCCUCGGAUUUCAAAGUGGAGGAUAACGAAGAGGGAAAUGACUGACAGAGCUGAUCACCACGGACAUCCAGAGCUCUUCUUCCAUCAGCCCUUUUCUUUGAAGUGACUCUUCUAGGAAGCUUAAACUUACCAAAUUCUGUGGAUUUUCUACAGCUGUUUUCUUCACCCAUGGGGCUGCUCUUGGCUCACAGCUCUUGUGGAGCUUAUUUGGUGAAAAGAGCCCAAAAUGGACAUGAGUUUUUCUUGAGUCCAUCAGCAAGAGGGACAAGAGGGCAAGGAUGGCAAUUUGCUGCUUUUUGGGGGGGGGUUUGUACACCUUCUUUCAAGGAAAUUAUUUAUGAAUUAAAGAAAAAAACAAACAACACCAAACCACCAAAAUAUCAGUGUUUUGGGUUUUGUGCUUUUCUCCUGAGGGCAGAGGAAACCCUCUGUAUUUUAGAAUGGAAAAAUUCCAGCAGUUCUAUUUUUUACUCUUCUCCCCUUUUUAAAAUGGAUCACAACACCACCAACAAAAUCUAUCUCAUUCUGGAAAUCAAAGCUGAAUGUUCAUUAGUGAAGCAAAUUCCAUCCCUGAGCCCGUGACUUGGAACAGAAUUACAAGGGGAAUGUAUGAAAACCAGGGCUCAGUUAUUAAAUAAUCUGUUUAUUGCAGGGCUUUCACAAAGGAGAAAACAAAAUAAAAGACAAAGCACCCAAGUAGAAAGAAUAAAAAUGUAUUUUCCUUCAGGUUUUUGACUGACACAAGUACAAAUCCUUUAGUGUGAGCACAUCACAGCAAUUUGGAAAUGAACAGACCCCAAGUGAACAAGCAGAGAGUACAAGACUGAAUCAUGAAAUCAUGAUUUCUGCUGCUUCUGCAGGGCUUCCACUCACUGGCUUGGCUAUCAUGGUAAAAACCCCUCAUCCAGUCAGGGCUGGCAGAGGGAAGGGAAGGAAGGAUGGGCAGGGGCUUUCAACAGUCAAAGAGUGCAGACCCCUUGUGGGAAAUGUUCCUUCAUCAGCCAGGCUCGAGGAGGAAGGGCUGGGUGAGCUUUCAAGACCUCAGGAAUUGUUUGCCCUGCCAAAGUUACCUUCACAGUCAGCUGGAACCCAGUACUGCCUGCAGUGCUCCUGUAACAGAUACAGAAGUGACCCACAACUGGAAUAUGCCAGAUAAAAGGAAAAAAAAAAAAAAAACAAACAAAGGAAAA